AGAAAGCUCGGAACGUCGCGGUGGAACGUGGAAGUGUAUGGGUUUGUUUCGAGGUAACGCUACGAAUCUGAGUUUCACCUGAUAUAUUUCGUGGAUUUGCCAGGGGGGAUUUUUGUUGUGUUUUGAGCAAAAUACGAUUUUGAUUUAUUUUCACACUCAAAACCCUUGAAAAUCUAGAUUUGGUUGAUCUUUUGACUAGAUCAUGCUCCUUUGAUUUUCUGGGCCGAUGGCUUUUUGGGUUUGAAUUUUUGUGUCUUUCUUGCGAUACUUCUCCAAGUGGAAAUCUUCAUUUUUUGUUUGGGUUGCUCUGUCUUCAAUGGUUAAGAACAUGGUCGUCGAUGGAUUGUCUGUUCACCGGUCGAGUGAUUUAGAAACGAAAGAUAAGAAUGUGAAGAAAUCUCUGAAGCGAAAGAGGCUUUCAGCCCUAGAGUAUGUGAGCCAAGACGAUAGAGAAUCCAGGAUUCAUGAGUUACAACAAGAGCUAAAUAGUUUGUUUCAGUAUUUCAGGGAGAUUUCAGGCCAAAAAGUGUGUUUUUUUAAUGAGAGUAGUGGUGGUGGCUGUUCAAGUAUUUCCAUGAUUGCUUGUUUUCUUGAAGAAAGCCAUCUUCCAUUCUCUAUACUGGUGGACGAGAUUUAUGAGAAGCUUAAGAUCAGAGAGGGUAUUACUUUGGCGUAUGUGCGAAGUACGGUGCUUUCUGUUGGGCAGAGAUUAAUGUAUGGGAUUGCCAACGCCGAUGCCGAUGUAUUGGAGGAUAACUCUGAAACAUGCCUUUGGUGUUGGGAGACGAGAGAUCUAAAGUUAAUACCGAAAAUCCAGCGUGGAGUUCUUAGUAUUAGGCGUACUUGUCGGAAGAAAAUUCAUGAGAGGGUGACUGCUGUUUCAGCAAUGAAAUUGGCAUUACAAGUGUCAGAAAGCUGCCAGAACUAUAGAACUGAUUUGAUGAAAGCAUCGGAAAGGCUUGAUAAAGUAUUAAAUGAGGCAGAAAUUCGCUUGUUAGUGGAAAACAUGGUGCAGAAGAAUGCUGCUGACAUGGCUGAAAAGGAAGCUAAACUAAAAGAGAGAGAGCUAAUCAAGGGGCUGGAGAGAAAUAAGCGAGAAGUUAAGAAGGAGAAGAAAAGAAUGGAGCGUGAAGUUCAGAAGGAGAAAUUGCAAAGUGAAAAGGAAUCAAAACGGUUGCAGGAUGAGGCGGAGAAAGAAGAAAGGCGCCGUGAGAGAGAAGAAGCUGAAAUGAAGAAACAGUUGAAGAGGCAGCUGGAGGAAGCUGAGAAAGAUCAACGACGCCGAGAAAAGGAAGAAGCUGAAUUAAAAAAGCAACUUGCCAUGCAAAAGCAGGCUUCAAUGAUGGAACGUUUUCUUAAAAAUAAAAAGAAUAAUUCACCUAGCCAGGAUGGAAAAUCUUCAACAAAAGAAACUGCUUAUGAUUAUUCCUGGAAAAAGGAUGAAAUGCUUAAUUCUGUUGCAUUGUCUAUGGAUAAUGCCCUAUCUUUGAAAGAUGGGAUAAGUACUGUUGAACUUUUCAAGUCACACCGGAGUUCUUGGUGUUAUUCUUGCCGCUCCAACAGAUCUCAGCAUUGGGGCAUCCGGUGUAAGCCUAAGAGUGUAUUGAUCAAAGAACUUAAGCUAACUUCUAACAAGGGAGUUGAGUGUGGUGAUGACCUAGACAAGCUUGUAAAUGGAUGGGAAGAAACAGUCUCCGAUGAUAGAUCUGGUCAUGAUAGUGCAGAUGAUCCUCUAACCGACAUCCGGAAACAUAAUAGUGCUAAGAAACUUUUGCAGUUUGACAAGAGCUAUAGGCCAGCAUUUUAUGGCAUUUGGCCUAAGAAAAGUCAUGUUGUUGGGCCUCGUCACCCUUUGAAGAAGGACCCAGAUCUGGACUAUGAUAUCGACAGUGAGGAAGAGUGGGAAGAGGAGGAACCUGGUGAAAGCCUUUCUGAUUGUGACAAGGAUGACGAAGAGGAAAGUGUAGACGAAGGGAAUCUAAGAGCUGAUGAUGAAGAUGGAAGUGAAGAUGGAUUCUUUGUACCUGAUGGAUAUCUCUCGGAAAAUGAGGGAGUGCAAGUUGACAGAAUGGAAUCCGAUAUUGAAGAAGCCAGAAGUUCACCCAGUUAUAAGCAAGACUCUGAGAGUGAGGAAGUUCGAACAUUUCUUCGAUUGCAUAAGUAUCUCCACAAUUUGACUGAGAGUGCUCUCCGGAAGAACCAGCCAUUAAUUAUAUCAAAUUUAAUGCAUGAGAAGUCAACUUUGUUGGUUACUGAAGAUAUUGAUGGUCCUAAACUUGAGGUUAUGUGUUUGCAAGCCCUGAGAAUGCAGGCUUUCCCGGAGGCUUCACCAAUGGAAAUAUCAAAGAACAAACUGGAUGUAGUUGAUUGUAUUUCCCAGACACAGGGCAAGGAUGGCACUGCACCAAGAAGAGAUGUGACAGUUAUACCAGACACGGCCUUGCCGAAAUUUGUUUCUGCUAUUCAGUCGUCACCAUGUCGGAUCAGAAAGGUGGUAGAUUCCUUGCAGCAGACGUUCCCAGCUGUCCCAAAGUCUCAAUUAAAAAGCAAAGUGCAUGAGAUAUCAGAGUUUCUCGAUAAUCGCUGGCAGGUGAAGAAAGAGAUUUUGGACAAGCUUGGCCCAUCAAUUUCACCAGAGAAGAGUAGUGGAAGGCCACAAGGGAUUGCUAGAUUUUUCUCGAAAAGAUGUUUGCCUCCUGAUGGUGAAACCACCAAUGCCCGUGAAACCCCUCAAUCAUGCUGUAAACCGGACACUCUUCAUAGUAUACAACAGAGCACAGAAAACCUAUUACAGGGCUCGACCAUAUCAUGAUCCCACCAUAUGUAUGGUUCAACAUCAAAUGAAUGCAUGUCCUUGUGAGUUCAUAUGUUGAGGUGUGGAGUUAUGUACAGUUUGUUGUAUUUGUUGUUACUAUCUUGUGUAAUGGCCGUGGAUUAUACACUUGAGAAUUUUGGUUCAGAUAAAUGACUGAAACUGAGUAGAAUAUUUUAGUUGGCUUGUUUAA